AUGUUGGAGAACACAAACAGUCUCAAUAUCACCCUAGUAAAACGCAACACAACCUGCACCUGCACAGCUACCUAUUAUCUAGGAAACAUAACUAAGACAUUCCAUGUUCAUGCUGGACCAAGAGGUUGCCCUUUAACACUGACACCUUCUGAAAUUGUUGUGAAAUUUGGAGAUCCAAUUUUAAUCAACUGCAGCACAUCAGCUACAGAUGUUGAAGGAAUGGGCUGGGAGGCUCCAUUUGGAGGUACAGGAUUUGAACACCCUCCUGUUGUCACUUGGAGGGUUGAAAAACUAGAAGAGUGGACUCCAAGUCCUUCCUGCUAUGCUACUUUGGUUGAUGGAUCCCAGUGUACUGUGAGUCCACUCAUCACUGUUUACAAAACUCCAGACUUUGUGUCAGUGUCUGACAUGGGUCAUGUUCCGAUGGUGGAGGGCAGAGAAUAUGAUCUGAAAUGUGAUGUCAUCAGUGUUGCUCCUGUACAGAAUCUCACAGUGACGUGGUACAGAGGCAAUGAAACUGUGCUCACAGAGACGUUUAAUGAAUCUACUGCGAUCCCAGUAAACACAUCUUCUACCCUGAAAAUCUCCACUCAGAGAGAUUACAAUGGAUUAACUUUUAGAUGUGAGGCUGAGCUGCACCUCGGACCCAAAGGACCAAAGUUCCUCCCUAAUACAUCCUCACCACCUUACACUGCUGUUAUCCUCU